CAUACCUUACACCGCCGAGCGGCAAUUUGACUUCAUGCAAAAGUACAUCAAGCAAGCCGCGGCGAAGAUAUACGACUACUCAGGGCGCAAGUACGCCUAUGGCACAACAUCACAAAUGUUGGGUAAAAAAAUAUCUGGCGACAGCGUGACCUGGGUGCGAAAUACUUAUCAAGUACCGUACACGUACGCCAUAAUGCCGCGUGACGACGGCUACUACGGGCCGGCGCUGCCCGAGUCGCAACUACUGCCGGCGUGCAGGGAUGUGAUGGUCGAGAUGCGCGUAGUACGAGCAUUACAACCGCUGCGCCGUGCGUUCGCCCGCGCCUACUGCAACAAGAUGCACGAUCCUCUUGAGCACGUGACGGGCAUCGAGAAACGCGAGCUGCUGGCCCACCUGGCCGGCGACUGCGACCCCUUCCGUAUCAUGCCCAUCAAACGAGGGCCGGGUACUCGAGAGCGUCCGAACCUAGUCCCGAGUGCGUUCUGCCAACGUCUGCUGGCGUGCAGCUGCCACCCGGACGACAACCACGUGGAGUACAUGUGGCUGCACCAGGGCGUGCCCAAGCGCUGCGGCUGCGGCUACUGGUUCGAACUCUGCCCCAUCGCGCCGCUCUAACACCUGAUUCUUCUUAUCGUUAUUCAUUCCUAUACUCUUAAUAAAUACUUUCUUUUUA